AGCACUGGCUGCACUACUUGCUGCGAGGUUUAUGGGGCUAAAGUGGCAGAGAGCAAUCCAGCUAUCAGUCUCAGCUCCAGUGUUCUCAAGUAUAGAUCGGGGAGUAAGUCCCGAACCUCUUUGGGUCUCGACCGACAAGACAUGAGGAGGUAGCCGCCCACAGCCAACUCUACGUGUCACGCACCGAGCAGGGUUCCGCAGGGACACUGGCCCUGCCCCCAGACGCCCGCAUUAGCGGCGAAAGCGUUAUCAGUUGGAGCCCACGAGAACCGAUACAACCUGACGUGAGUGCUUGUUGGAGUCUCAGGUGCACUUUGCAGGUCCCUGAUGAACCAAGAAAACCCUCCUCCGUAUCCGGGCCCUGGUCCAACGGCCCCAUACCCACCUUAUCCACAACCACCAGUGGGUCCAGGACCUAUGGGAGGGCCCUACCCACCUCCUCAGGGGUACCCCUACCAAGGAUACCCACAGUACGGCUGGCAGGGUGGACCUCCGGAGCCUCCUAAAACCACAGUGUAUGUGGUGGAAGACCAAAGAAGAGAUGACGUGGGCCCAUCCACCUGCCUCACAGCCUGCUGGACUGCUCUCUGUUGCUGUUGUCUCUGGGACAUGCUCACCUGACCAGACCAGCCCUCUUGUCCUGCCAGCUCUGCCGCCACCUCCAAUAGGUGUGCCUGCCCCCAUCUCUUCUGAUUGCUGUAACAAAUGACUAGUUCUGCACAGACACCUCUACCUUCAACACUAUGGGAUUCUAGAUUAGCAGGGGGGGGGCUACUGUUUAAUUCAGUGACUUGAUCUUUUUAAUGUUAAAAUCCAUUUCUUAUUGAUCUUUAAACAAAUGUGCUAAAUGACUUUCCUUUUUUUUUUUUUUUUGCCAAAGGCUUAGUUAUGAAAUCUAUAUUUAUAAUUUAAAAAUUAUAUGUUCAAGGUAGUGGCAAAAUGUAACACCACUGAGUGAUUUCUCUGCUAACACCCUGUAUGUUUCAAUAAAUUUGUCUAAACCUUAA